UUAAAAAUUAUUGUUGUUCACAAUUAUGCUUUCAUGUUCUAAUUAUGCUCAUGUUGUAAGUUACCAUGCUUGGAAGGGGGUCUCCAAGAUUAAACAUGCUUGCAAGGGGGUCUCCUAGAUUUAACAUGCUCUUAUAUAAAGGUGCACAAAAGAAAAAAUCUCCUAUAACUACUACUUCAAAGACACAUGGAGGCUCUCCAAAAGGGAAAACAAGAGCAAAUUGGAAUUCUAUGUUAGAGAAGACCCUUGUUGACUUGUUACAUGAACACAAUACACCUGAAUAUAAGGGUAACAAUGGUUGGACACCCGAUGCAUGGAACAAGAUUGCCAAGGAAUUUCAAGAGAGGGAAAGAUAUGCAGGUUUCUCAAAAGUUCAAAUCCAAGAAAAGGAAAAGGAGUUAAAGAGAGAUUACAAGAUGUUGAAAGAUGCGAGGAAACAAAGCGGAGUUUCUUGGGAUGAGAAAAGGUGUAUGAUUCAAGCUGAUCCACCGAUAUGGGACAACAUAAUCAAAUCAUUUCCAAAGGCUAAAAAAUUCCGCAACAAAUCUUUUCCUCUGUUUGAAGCUUUGGGAGAGCUACAUGAUGGUAAUACUGCUGAAGGGACCUACAACUUCACUUCUACUCAACCAAAUGGUCCAGAUCUCACACAAAUUGGAUCUGGAGAUGUUCCUAUCAAUGUAGAAGACCGUGAAGAUGUGGGAGACCCUUUGGCAGAUCACAGACAAAAUGAAGUAGAAGACAGAGUGUAUGAAGUUGAAGGGGUUGAUGUAAAUGCUGAUAGGCAGGAUGAAAGGUCAAAAAGGACUUCUGCUGUUUCAAGGAAUGAAGAAGAAAAAGUACCAAAGAGGCCGAAGAAGAAUUCCAACAUAGAAGUAUUGAUGGAGAGGUACUUAGACAUUAGAAGCAAACAAGCUGAAGAUGAAGCGACACAAUUGGCAAGAGAAAGGGAGGCAAGAGGAGGUGAUGAUUUCUCAAUUAAGAAUUGCAUAGCAGUUCUAAACACAUUGGAAGUCACAAAAGAGGAGAAGGUCAAAGCAUAUAAGGUGUUCAAGGACCCUGACAAUCGAUAGAUAUUCUUAAGUGCAUGCAAUGAUGAUAGAGAGGCUGCAUUAAUGUGGUUGAGGGAUGAGAUGGCUUAGCAG